AUGACGAGCGCGCCCGAGCACGCGCGCGCGUUCGUGCGAUGCGCGUACGGACACGUGCGGGCGAAGAACGUGUACGAGACGCUCGCGAUGUACGAGAGGUCGUUCGCGGCGAUCGGCGAGCGGUACUUCAAGGGGAAAUCUUGGCCCGCGCCGAGAGAUAUGGCUGAUUUGUACGACAACGAUGGUGUGUUCGGGGCGCUGUACGGUGAGCUGUAUUACAGACAUCUUCACGCGGAGACGACGCCGAGUGCGAAUGAGCGCAAGGGAGCGUGGGAUAACUAUUGCGAACUCUUCGGCAUCGCUUUGCACGGGGACGUCAACAUGCAGCUCCCCAACGCGUGGUUGUGGGACAUGAUCGAUGAGUUUGUGUAUCAGUUUCAGUCUUUCUGCCAAUUCAAGGGAAGCGGCAAGCGCACGACGGAGGAAAAGAGCGAGCUCAAGGCGCUCGAUUCGCAAGUGUGGGACAAGGCGAGCGUGCUCAACUUUCUGCAGGCGCUGGUGGACAAGAGCGACAUCGCGGGUGUGCUCGAAAGCGAACGUAAGGGAGAAUUGUCGUUCGCCGCGAGCGAGGGUUACGACGCGCAGUCGAGCAACGUCUUACGAACGCUUGGUUACUGCGCACAAAUUGGCAUCUGUCGCGUACACGCGCUGUCUGGAGAUUUCGAGGAGGCACUCAAGGCGCUCGACCACAUCGACCUGGACCGCGACGGACUUUUCAAAAAGAUUCCAGGAGCGUAUAUCACUACGUCUUAUCACGUUGGUUUCUCAUACUUCAUGCUCGGUCGCUACACGGACGCGAUUCGCCACCUCAGCGAGGGUGUGCAAUACAUUGAUCGCCUCAAAUUUAGUUCUACUCGACCGCAGACUUUGCCACUGUCGUUGAAGAGGCAAGAUCAAAUGUAUGCCAUGAUCGCUAUCAUUAUGUCGCUCAUACCAGGCCAGCAGUACCUCUUGGAUGAUUCCGUCUCAUUGGCUCUGCAUCAAAAGUACAGCGACAAGCUGAACCGCAUGUCCACCGGUGAAGUCCGAGUCUUCGACGAACUCUUCUCCUAUGCGUGCCCCAAGUUCAUCGCUAGCGCAACGGGUGAUAACGAAGACGCUUACAAGGCACAACAUGCUCGCUUUCUUGAAGCGGUAGCUGCGCACGCCGUCAUUCCCAAGCUUCGAGAAUUUCUAAAGAUGUAUGCGUCCAUCAAGUUGGAUGUGCUCUCGACGCUGAUGGAGGUUUCCACGGACAACUUAAAAGUUGGCUUACAAGCGUUUGAGCAGGGAUACUCUGUCAAGGAGUGGCGCGGUGGAGCCAGUGCACUGGACGGUGAAGACGUGUACUGCGGUGACAUGCGUAUCAGUUUAGAAGGGGACGUCAUCAGGGUGGAGCAGUUGAAAAAGGCAAAGAGCGCUCGCGAAUUUCUUCAGCGAACGAACGAAAAGCUGGAAACGGCUCUUGAGGAUCUCGCGGGGGCCAAGCCGCUGAUUUUCAAGAAGUCGGCGCUCGCGCAAUAG